UUUUCUUCCUCUUUCACACCCUGCAGGUUUUGACAGCUACUAAAAUUAGAUAUUGGAGGUUUUGUUCAAUUAGAUGCUAGGUUUUGACAAGUCCCCAUGAGAUGUAAUGGCAAAAGAGAAUUGAUAGGCACACAGUUUCUUCUUGUUAUCAUGCUAUAUAAAAAACAUGUCUCAGUUGUGGUGGUUUGGUUUGGUUUUUGUUGUUUUCCAUUGUAGGAAUGCUAUUGAUUCCUCUUUAUUCAAGCAAUGGUUGCAUAACUUGCAAAGUGAGAUUGGGAUUCUAGCUGAUGGCACCUUGGCUCUGAGACAAGUUCUAAUUCAGGGUGUAGACAUGUUUGGAAAGCGCAUUGGGUUUCUCAAAUUUAAAGCUGACAUUUAUAAGCCAGUUCCAGGUAUUGUAUUUGCAAGAGGACUUGCUGUGACUGUGUUGAUACUUCUGGAAUCAGAUGGUGAAACUUAUGCUGUCCUUACUGAACAGGCAAGGGUUCCUACUGGAAGAAUUAUUUUGGAAUUGCCUGCUGGAAUGUUAGAUGAUGACAAGGGUGAUUUCGUUGGCACUGCAGUUCGUGAGGUUGAAGAGGAGACUGGCAUAAAGUUCAAACUUGAAGACAUGGUUGAUCUCACUGCUUUCUUGGAUUCUUCAACAGGAUGCAGAUUUUUUCCCUCACCGGCUAGUAUUGGAAUAGAUAACUUGAACGCUUAAUGCACAAAGUGGAGCAGUUUUAGGUUGAUUUUGAUCUUUUACUAAGUAUUUAGGUUGAUGAUCAUCUCUAUUAGUGUAAUUUGAUAUAUCAUGAGCAGUUCUAACUUGUAUUGUUUCUGUAUUUUUCUUCGGUUUUUAGUUUUGGAAUUUGAA